CCAGCCUCGAACAUCGUAGACAGACACACUUGGUCAUCUCGACAUGAAGUGGAGUGCCGUCGUUGCCGCCUUCGGGCUGUCCGCGCCCGCCGUGGCCCUGCUCCGGUUCGGCUGCGCCCGCCUCACCGUCCAGCGCCUCGACCCUCUGGUCAACCCGGGCCAGAACCCGUCGGCCCAUCUCCACCAGAUCAUCGGAGGCAACUCGUUCAACGUUUCGAUGGACCCGUCCAAGCACGACCUGCCCACGCUGUCGACUUGCACUAGCUGCCAGUUCAGCGAGGACUUUUCCAACUACUGGACCGCCGUGCUCUUCUUCCGCGCGAGGAACGGCACCUUCAAGCGGGUCCCGCAGAUUCCCCAGCAGGGCAUGGAGGGGACACAGGGCGGCAUGGUCGUCUACUACAUGACGGACGCGCUCUUCGACACGGCGCAAAAGUCCAAGGUCACGGCCUUCAAGCCCGGGUUCCGCAUGCUCGUGGGCGAUUCGUCGUUCCAGAAUCGUGACCAGGCGCGCAACUACCGGCAGCUGACCUACACGUGCAUGGAGAACUCUGGUACGCGGGCGCCCGAGACGCUCGAGUUCCCCAAGGGCCCGUGCAAGGUCGGCAUCAUGGCCAACCACCGGUUCCCGACGUGCUGGGACGGCGUCAACCUCGACACGCCCAACCACCGCGACCACGUCACGUACCCCGAGACGGGCACCUUCGAGUCGGGCGGCAAGUGCCCGUCUACGCACCCGGUGCGCAUCCCGCAGAUCCUGCUCGAGACCGUCUGGGACACGCGCGCCUUCAACAACAAGGCCGACUGGCCGGCCGACGGCAGCCAGCCGUUCGUGUGGUCCAGUGGCGACAAGACGGGCUACGCCAGCCACGCCGACUACGUCUUUGGCUGGAAGAACGACUCGCUGCAGAAGGCCAUGGACGCCCACACGUACGUGUCGGCGCCCACCCUCAAGACGCAGAGCAUCGCCGAGCAGAACAAGUGCGUCGUGUCCGACAUGGUCAAGGAGAACAUUGACGGCUGGCUUCCCAAGCUGCCCGGCGACAACAUGGUCAUGUAG